AUGGGUGGCAUACUCUCAACAGCUGUGCGCCCCUCCACGGCGGCGCCGACAAACAUCACGGAGCGAGGUCUCCAAGGCUACACGAAUGCAGUCUACUUCACCAACUGGCAAGUAGUUUUGAGAUCCGAGCCCCAGAAUCUUCCGGCAUCGCAGAUCACCAAUGUUCUCUAUGCCUUCAUGAAUCUUCGCGCGACUGGCGAAGUCUACACCGCCGACACAUACGCCGAUUUGGAGAAGCACUAUCCCACUGAUUCUUGGAACGAUGUUGGCACCAACGCCUAUGGCUGCGUCAAACAGCUCUACCUCUUGAAGAAGGCCAACCGCCGAAUGAAAGUCAUGCUCAGUAUUGGAGGCUGGACAUGGUCGACCAACUUCCCCGCUGCCGCUAGCACGCCCGAAGGCCGAACCCUCUUUGCUCAGUCCUCGGUCAAGCUUAUGAAAGACUGGGGCUUUGACGGCAUCGAUAUUGACUGGGAGUAUCCAGCCGACGCCACUGAAGCAGCCAACAUGGUUCUCCUGCUUCAAGCUGUCAGAAGCGAGCUGGACUCCUACGCCGCCCAAUACACUCCCGGGUAUCACUACCUGCUGACUAUUGCUUCACCUGCGGGCCCUAGUCACUACAACGUUUUGAAUCUCAAAGCAAUCUCUGAUGUUAUUGAUGCUUUCAAUUUGAUGGCAUACGAUUAUGCCGGUUCCUGGGAUACCAAUAGCGGCCACCAAGCGAACUUGUACCCGAACCCUAGCAACCCAUCGUCAACGCCAUUCUCCACCGAUGCCGCAGUCAACGAUUACCUCGCAGCCGGUGUUCCUGCCGCAAAGAUAGUUCUCGGCAUGCCCAUCUACGGACGCUCAUUUGAACAGACCAACGGCAUCGGCCAGCCAUUUUCCGGCAUUGGUAGCGGUUCCUGGGAGAACGGAGUGUGGGACUACAAGGCUCUGCCUCGAGCGGGCGCCACCGAGCUCUACGACGCCACGGCGGUUGCCUCCUACAGCUACGAUUCGGCUGCCAAAGAGCUGAUUUCUUACGAUACUCCCGCCGUGGUGCGGACUAAGGUUUCAUAUCUUACAGGCAAGGGUCUCGGUGGUUCCAUGUUCUGGGAGGCGAGCGGCGACAGAACUGAUAGUGGGAGUCUUCUGGCGACUAGCUUUAAUGCUCUUGGUGGCGCGAGCACCCAGGACCAAAGCCUCAAUCAGCUGAGCUACCCUAACAGUCAGUACGAUAACAUCCGCGCGGGCGUACCUGGCGGUUGA